AUGCAGGUCUUUUCUACUCUUCUCCCAGUUCUGGGAUUUUCGACGCAGCUUGCCGCUGCAGCCUACACUCUGCAAGACGACUACGGAACCGGUUUCUUUGACAAGUUCACCUUCUUUACCGACCCGGAUCCUACCAAUGGGUUUGUCAGCUAUGUCGACCGUGACACCGCUCAGAAUGCCGGUUUGAUCAAUACGGAUGAGGGUAUCCACAUGGGCGUGGACUCUACCAACGUGGCUGCGGAUGGCCGCCAGAGUGUGCGCAUUACCAGCACACAGAGUUACGACAAAGGUCUUUUCAUCCUGGAUCUUGAUCAUAUGCCUGGUGGUAUCUGUGGUACCUGGCCUGCCUUCUGGCUCGUCGGCCCUGACUGGCCCAACAACGGCGAAAUCGAUAUCAUCGAAGGUGUCAAUGACCAAACCAACAACCACAUGGCGCUCCACACAAGCGAUGGAUGCAGCAUCGACAACUCCGGCUUCUCCGGCACCCUCACGACCAGCAACUGUUUCGUGGAGGCUGAAGGCCAAGAUACCAACGCUGGCUGCGGUCUCGAGGCACCCUCCGACCAGUCAUUUGGCACAGGGUUCAACAACGGCGGUGGCGGUGUCUACGCUACUGAAUGGACCGGCGACGCCAUCAGCAUCUGGUACUUCUCUCACGACAACGUCCCCGCCGACAUUGGCAAUGGAAACCCGGACCCAUCCUCGUGGGGUACUCCGGACGGACGAUUCGCUGGCGAAUGCGACAUCAACGCCCACUUCAAGGGAUUGCAAAUCGUCUUCGACACCACCUUCUGCGGCGACUGGGCCGGCAACACCUGGGGUACCAGCUCCUGCUCCUCCCAGGCCAACUCCUGCCAGGACUUCGUGGCCAACAACCCCUCCGCCUUCACCGACGCCUUCUGGACCAUCAACUCCCUCAAGGUCUACCAGUCCGGCGACGCCGUCGCUAACAACGUCCUGUCGACUCCGGCCCCGAGCAGUUUCCCCGUUCCUUCGUUCACUCCGGCCCCUAGCGGUACUCCUGCUCCUUCCUUUGUGCGGAGGAACCGCAGAGGCCACACCCAUGGUCAUGGUCAUGGACAUGCUCAUGCGUAG